CGACCUUUGACGGAGCCGGUCGCGUGUAAGUGUUCACAAACGAGUAUCGUGUGUAGUGAGUGUUUGUGUGAUGUUGGGAAAGAUUCGAGCCCCGUGUUAGGACAUGUCACGUCGGAAGCAGAGUAACCCCAAACCACUGAAACGUGAGGACGAGGAAUGGGGAAACGAGAGCGAGGCGAUGCCGGGAGAACCUCGCACGCCGAGCUCAGAGGGAGAGCGGGCCGCAUCCAGCGGUGGCGCCUCACCUGCCUCGGGGGGCUCACCUGCUGCCUCACCGCCUCGCUUGCGCCUCAACACCAGCCUUGCUACAGACCCCGCGCUGGCUCCGCAGGCGACGACGCUCAAACAUGAGCCACCGUCGCCAUCUCCUCCUCCACCACCACCAGCAGCAGCACCACAGGCCGCGAGAGACUACCUCGCCAUAACGGCGGCAGCCUUCCCAGGGCUAUUUCCAGCAUCUGGUCCGCCGAGCUAUGUAUGCAAACCCUGCGGUAUACGAUAUUCAUCGUUAAGUACGCUACAAGCACAUCAAGAACAUUACUGUUCGAAUAGACUUCCAAAACCCACAGAAGGGCCAAAUGCCUCAUCUGAUCCUGUCGCAGAUGAGUCCAGCAGUGACGCAAAGACUCCGCGACCUGCCGGUAAGCAGUAUGCUUGCACGUAUUGUUCAUAUAGUGCAGAUAAAAAAGUGAGCCUGAACCGCCACAUGAGAAUGCAUUCCUCAUCUCCGGUCAGCAGUGGAACUCCAGCGCCGACGCCUACCUCUAACGGAGAAGUCACAGACGGUCCACCGGUACAAGACCGAUACUGCGCUGAUUGUGAUAUUCGCUUCAGCUCAAUAAAAACAUACCGUGCCCAUAAACAACACUACUGCAGCACAAGACAAGUCGUCAAACAAGCUUUAGCGGCAGCUCGUGGUGGUUCUGCAACGUCUGGCUCCGCCCCACCGUCGCCAGGAGCCACACCACCAGCGCAAAACCAAAACCAAUACGCACUCGCUCUACCCACGAAUCCUAUACUCAUUGUACCGUAUUCAUUACUUCGGGGUGCCAGUACUCUCCCUGGUGCAACACUGCCAGACCCAGAUACGCCAUGCUUUCUUUUACCAAAUGGUACAUUCCAACCAAUCAGUCGGGCAUUAUCCAAUAUGAACUCUGAUGGAAAAGAAACCGAGGUGUUAAAAUCAGCCAAUCGACCCCGAGAGCCAUCACGAGAUGGGGGUGUGACUCCACUGGAUCUCAGUGUGCGGCGAUCCCCAGAAUCAGUAGUCACUGAUGAACAUGAAAAAGAGAAUAGAAUACGGUCCACGACUCCUGAGCAAAUAGUAUGUGCUCCUUCUCUACCAGGAUCUCCAGGAACGCCGUCUCCCUCACGGCGGUCUUCCUCACCAAGUGCAGAAAGUUCACCAAAGCGAAGGCGAUUAAACUCAAGAGGACCGACGCCCAAACCCCCAAGUGUGCCGUCUCCUCCUGAAGAAAAGUUCGCACCCAUAGUUCCUCCUGCAAUCUUGCCACCAGCUUUAGCAUUGCGUUUGGCAUCAGAACUACCAGUUACUGGUGCAUCGCCUCAAGUGCUUGUGAAGCAGGGAGUUUCCAAAUGCAAAGAAUGUAACAUCGUAUUCUGUAAAUAUGAGAACUACCGUAUACAUAAGCGACAUUAUUGCUCAGCUGGAGGGGGCGAGGAGCGCGCGAGUCCCGCGCCACCAGAGCCUGGUCCGCCGCCCCAGUACCGUCAACUGAUAUGUCUCGCGUGUGGAAUACACUUCAGCUCGCUGGAUAACCUGACGACUCAUCAGUCGUAUUAUUGCACUAAACGCGAAACUCGAUCUCCUCGGAGUGUGCCGGAGGUUCCACGGCCCACGUCUGGAUCAGAGGGGGGGUGGAAGUGUCCCUGCUGCGACGUAGUGUCUCCGACGGCGGCGGCGGCGCAGCGCCACAUGGACGCGCACGCCGGCGUGAAGGCCUUCCGCUGCACCAUCUGCCGGUACCGGGGCAACACGCUGCGGGGCAUGCGCACGCACAUACGUAUGCACUUCAACAACAAGAAGCCUGCUGACUUGCAGGAAGAGAGCUACAUUUCGUGCGUGCUAGAAGAGGACAGUCGUGAAGCAACGUCCCCGAGCCCGGCGGUGGGCGGGGAGCGCGUGCAUCGCUGCGGCAGCUGCGCGUACACGUCGACGUACCGCGGCAACGUCGUGCGACACGCGCGCCUCGUACACGCCACCGACGAGCCAGAAGAGGAACAGACCUCCCCCGUCCCCCCACCCCCAGUUGACAUCAAGAAGGAACCCGAGACAGAACUCGAGGAAACUCCAAACUACUGCAAGUCUUGUGACAUUUCCUUCAAAUACGUCAACACUUAUAAGGCUCAUAAGCAGUUUUAUUGUACUGCCAACAAUCAAGAUGCAACGGCUAACAAUAAUGUGCCCACCCCCGCGAGGGUUACAGACACGCCUGUGCUUUGAAUUUCAAUCUUAUAGAAUACUUGGCGUAUAAAAUUUACUAUGUGAGUUGCGGGCAACGUUAGUAUCCCAUUUUCGUAGUUUCAUCGAGGAACUUGAAAUCAAGGUGACUAGUAGCGCCAUCUAUUAGUCGUCACCAUAAACAUUUUAGGACUACAGAUACAAAUUGUAUUCAAAAUUAAAUAUUAUGAUUUUCUGUUUCAAGUUGUUAUAACAUUUACGUAUAUUUUGAUGAAUUCUCACGUUAUGGCGAUACGUAACAGUAAGUCCUCCUUAUAUCAAUGUUUACUCUGAAAAUAUUGCUCGCAGAAACCAUUAUUGCUUAUGUUGCUUCACCAGAAUUUCUUGUAAUUAAUCCUAGACUAAGAAUGUAUCCUCUCGUUUUGAAAUAAACUAAAAUUAAAUGAUUGUGCAAUAAAUUAAUGAUUAUAAAAUUUAACUUGUACUGCAUAUCAAUGCCAAAUCGAUGUUUCAAAUUUACGAUUCGAUGUUAAAAUAUAAAAAUGUAAAAGGCAAAAUGCAAAUAUAAAAUUAAGCUUGAGUUACGCCACUAUUUCUGAACUUAUAGUUACGUAAUUAUGGCGUAGGAGAAGCUAAUAUAUGUUUUUUCUUAACCCUUCAAAGCCUCAAGAACUCACAUGAGCAAAAACUCAAAAAUUCUUACUCAUUUAAGUUCUUGAGGCAAAAAGUUUUUAAUAUAUUGGCUAAUGUACAUACAAGCCCUCAAUAAUUUUAAGGUUUUUGUUACUCUGUUACUGUAAAUUUCCUAGUUAAAAGUUAAACUUCGUCAUUGUAUUAGUAUACGGUUAAAAAAUAUUACCAAAAUUGUAAAUAUAUGUAAAGAUAUUACUAAAUAUUAUUACCAUUCAUUCUAAGUGAUUGUUCUUGUGUUUUUGUUGUUAAUUUUUGUUUAAUAUUAAUUAAUUAUUAGGCAAAUUGUUCUACUCCAUAAAGCAGGUGCUGAUUCCAUAAUAUGGUUUAAUUUACCAGUGUCACUUUUUUUAAACAGUUGUCUUUUAAAAAAAAUCUAAAUUUGAAUUAUUUUUGCGUUCUUGUCGCUUCAAAUAAAUGAAUAUAGAAGAAUCUGUCUUCGAAUAAAAUAUUGAUUUAGAUCGAUGAUCUAUACAAUUUUAAUGUAAUUAUACAAAAUCAUGCGCAGUUUGAAUGUUUAAAAUGUUUUUUAAAGCUUACAAGAACGCAAACUUGCAACAAAUAAAAUGUAUAUUUCACUUCCUUUCCUUAAAACAGUUUACAACUGGUUAACCGCAGUAUUUAUCAUUCCCGAACUAAAAGUAUCAAAACGUAAGUGUUAAUAAAAAUACUGUGUGCCCAGUAUAUUUUGGCACGUGGCGAAAAAUGGAACUAACCACUUUUCACAGCAAGCAGCGCCACCCCAAGAUAUUCUGGGCAAACAGUAAGAUACCAUGUUUUGUCAAUGCCAAAGCAUCGCUAGAUUAAUCGUAAUUUGCAUUUAUAGUUAUCUCAUUAAAUAUAGUGUAGAAUAAGUAACUACAAGACUUGUUCCCUACGUAUAAUUAUUGUAAUUUGUGUAACUUUUAUGUUUUGUCUGUCUGUAAAGGAAUGAGUCUCGAAUCAGUGUUGCGAUUAAAAAAUAUAGGUACAAAAAACUUAAAAAAAGUUGUCAAUCUUCCAUUAUGACGUAUUUAGCGGACUGGUCGUUGGCAGAAGUGAUUGAUCAAAACAUUUAGGAAUAACAAAAAUAUUGAAAUUAUGGCAAUACUGUUUAAAGAAUUGUGAAAUAUUGCUGAUAGCAACACUUUAAAACCCACAAUGUACGUUAAGUUUAAAAACAAAAGCAUAAUUUCUCUGAAAUUUUCAAACCAAAAUCACUUCUGCCAACGACUUUGAAAAUGCAGUAGGAUUAAAAACGUAAAGAAUCAUGACAUUUUAUGUAAAGACAAAAAAAUGUUAAAACGAAACACAGCAUCUGAUGUUAUGUGCCAUAACUGUGUUCUCAGUAAAAACAUAGUUUUUAAUGUAGAAGCGUCAUCUCGAAUAAUAUCCUAUGUGUUUCGUAUAAAUUGAUGGAUGUCCUAAAUCAUUUUAGAGGUUAACUUAAAUACCUACAGAU